AUGACCAGUGCUGAUGCAGACAUACCGCCAGAGGGUAGUGCUCCAACUGAGCAAGAUACCAUGCUCGACGCUCUGUGUGUACUCAACCUUCCAGAUAUAAACACUCCAGCACUCUCGCACGAAUCAAGUCUAGAGGAAUUUCUUGACGGCUUUGACGCCAUGGCUGCCGAGAUGAACCGCUGGUUAGAAACUGCCCACCUGACUGUGUUUACCAUCGAGCAGCAAGUCAAGCAAGACAUAGGUCAUGACACUGUUCGACUCGAACAAACUAUCGACUCUGUCCAACCAUCGAUUGAAUCCUUAGGAGACCUUGUAGAAGUCAUGCAAUUAAAACAAGACAUUCCCGGCCUCAUAGAACGGAAACGAUCCGUAAGGGUAUCAAUCACCAAGUUACAAUCCGAGUGGUCUGGUCUACAACAUUUUCUCUCGUCCGUCAAGAAAACCAUCAAAGACAGUACCGACCGCAAGGAUCUUCUCUUAUUAAUGGAAACUAUCUUACUCCAAGUAAACGACCUUUCCACUCUUAUCUUCCAGUUCCAGGAACGUCGUCAUGCCACUGCGAUUCUUUACCUACCUCACGAACAUGAAACAACUGACGACGGCCUCAUGAGCAGUUCGAGUAGUGUAUCUUCCAGCUCAGAACAAAGCCGUGAUUACCUCCAACAAUCACAGCAACAACAGCAACAACAACAACAAAGGGACGAUGCUAUUUUGGUAGAAAUUGACAGCAAAGUUGUACCGCUAUUUCAUGAGGUUGAGCGAGUUUAUGGUCGCAUGACAAGUAUCAAUAAUGUUGAUCCUAAUGGUGUGCUGUCACGCAAGCAUCGGGUAGUGCAGGAGCGAUGGGAGUCGCUGAGGAUAGAAAUCGAUGAUUUGAAAUACGACUUGAAAGAAGACCGUUGGCUCUCUGUCUUCAGCAGGGUAGCUAAUCAAGUCGAAAGUCUCAUACAUAAACUAGAAAAGACGGUCGUGAACUGCUAUGCCAUGAUCCGUCAGGCACGCGACUGGCAGGCAGCCCAGGCAGUGCUGGCCAUGCAGACUCAGCCUACAAAGGGCAUUCUCAAAACACCCAAAACAGACCAACAAGGUACAUCUGUCUCAUCCACGUCGUCGUCCGGGUCGGCCAAUGGGCUUGUUCCGGUCGACUACAAUAAGUUCCGGGCCGUCGAAAAGGCAUUCGAGAACAAAUUCAAGAACUCGUCUUCCACAAUCAACCGAAUGAUGGCCUCUCUUGGUGAUGGGAUCUCAAAACGGCCAAUUCCUAACGCGUCUGUUGUUGAGCGACAUGAGGCAGCUUUAAAUCAGUGGAACCAACUGAAAAUCACGAUGGACGACCUCCGUCUACGGGACCUUCCCGACACUGAGCGUCUGUUAAUGUUUGAGCGGCCGGUUAGUCCGGCUUGGUCGCGUUUCAGCGAUCUCAGUGACAAGAGUCAGACGAGUUGGAAAGACAUGCGAUAUCGCAGCCCUGAGCCUAACCACAAUGAAUUAUUUGACUACCAUCGUUCUGGCAGUGCAACCGAAGUACGUUCUCGUAGUCCUUAUUCUUAUCUUUCCAAGCGUAACCCCUCUCCCACAUAUCAGCCCCCUUAUGAAGAAGUCCGGCGUGGCAGAAGUGCGACGCCUAAUAGUGGCACUGGUCGUGAUAGUGCCAUGUGGCGACUUGCUAACAGUAAUCCUAGCCCUGUGUUUGGCCGGACACAGCAGAGAACUGCCAGUCCACUUUCUCAUGCUCGUGAUCCACCUAUGCAUCUUGUUAGUAGUGCACUUAGACCUAGUGCGUCAGAUUCAUCGUCUGUAGGUAGUCCGGCCAGGAGGCAGACCAAGAGUCCGGUUGGAUCUCGGGUCAGUACUAUUCCUAAUUCUACUUCAUUGUGGCCAAUUCCAAGCCCUACCAAGAGUAAUCAUAGACAGGAUAGUCGACCAAGAAGUAGUUUAGUGCCGGUAAGACGGGCAGGAACACCGUCGAUGAUUCCCCGCGCCAAGACCCCGCUGGGCGACCGGUCUGCGUCACCGUGUAUGAUUCCUCGACCGCGGUCUUCAAUGGCCCGGUAUCCAUCCGGCCGUCCCGGACAAGCACAAGUAGUAUCCCCAGAUCAUUCGCCUUCCCACAGCUCAUACUUAUCCGUGCCUGAUAGCUCCUCCCACGGUCCUCGUGUGCUGCACAAGAAGCACUCGACACCGGCUUUAAUGCAACGCAGCGCCUCACCGUUUCGCCAGCGACAACCAGCUCACACCCGGUACUCAUCGGACGAAGACGAAAGGCCGAUGGAAAUCGCCUUUAGGGACUACCCCUCUUACACACCCAACCUUAAAGACCCCCUUGAUGUAGAAGUGGCUACUAUUGUAAACGGUAGCCCUAUAGCGAUCAAAUGUCAACGUGGACCUCAUGGGGGUGGAUAUUAUUUUGGAAAUGAACUCAAUCCCUCGCUGGGCGGUGGCAAGAAACUCUAUACCUGCAAACUUAUGAACUACGCUGACCGCGACAGGCGCAACGCAACUGGCAAGAUGGCCCGUAACAAGGUCCUUGUGCGUGUUGGUGGUGGUUGGCAAGACCUCGAGAUCUUUCUUCUCGAACAUUCCAAUCUUAUGGCUAGCGACGUCGUCGUUCGCUCUUUUGUACAUAAUAACUCUAGUCGGUCAGUUUGGCGAUGA